AUGGGUAUAGAAACAGGCUCUAAGGUCAGACGCAUAGUCACCACACAUAAUGACCUCAAAUCUGGACUUUUACUCGAAGACGAGCAAGAGCUCAUUGCGGGCUUCGCGUCUAAUGCAAGAACGAUAUGGCAACAUGAGAAAUAUCCAGCUGAACUCGCGACCAAGGAUGCUGCUGAAGGGAAAGUUCAUAUCUAUGCAUCUGGGUCUCUGAUCCGUGUCGUCGACUUCCCAGCUAAUUCACAAGGACACAAUCAUCGCACGCUCAGUCUUGAUUAUGGCAUUAUUCUAGACGGAGAGAUGGAACUAGUGCUUGAGGAUGGUAGUCGAUCCAUCGCUCGUGCAGGAGAUAUUGUUGUCCAGCAGGCUACUAUCCAUCAAUGGAAUAAUUUGAGUGACAGAGCUGCAAGAGUCGUAUUUGUGCUUAUGCCGUCUGUCGCACCUGAGAAAGACGGCAGGGAACUGGGAGAAGAAGGAUAUCCGGAGAACAUCAGGCCAACUUGGAGAAAAGACUGGUAG